CCAGAAGGUUGCGCCGCGCCGGUCGCGCGCCCGGUGGGGGCGCGCGGUGGGCGGUCGGGGCGCCCUUCUUACGGUCGCCGCCGCCGGAGAGGCGGCAAUGGCUCCCAAGGAGGCGGAGAAGGCGGAGCCUGGCGAGGCUGCCGCCAAGAAGGCCGAGAAGGAGGAGGCCAAGGAGGAGAAGGCUACCGAGGCACCGAAGGAGACCGAGAAGAAAGAGGAGCCAGAGAAGAAGGAGUCCCAGAAGAAGGAGCCCGAGAAGCCGAAGCGGGACAAGGAGGCGGAGGAGAGAAAGAGAAAGGCCGACAAGAAGAAGAAGCAGAAGGAGAAGAAAAAGGCCGUCAAGGAAGAGGAGUUCAAGAAGGACCUCGCGGAAGGGAAGAUUGUAAAAGGUAAGGGCGGCAAGAUCAUCAAGGGCAAGGGCAAAGGUAAGGGCAAAGCCGCGGCCCCGAAGGCGGCUGCGCAAAAAAAAGAGGAGAUCGACGACGACAUCGAGGUGGACUACGUCGUCCCCGGCGUCGGCGAGGGCAUCGACAUGGAGAACAUCGAGGAGGACGAGGCUUUCGCCGCGGUGAUGGAGCGUUUCAAGUACGUGGCGCCCGAGGCGAAGAAGGAGGAGGAGGACGACGAGGAGAAGCCCAAGAAGCGCGCCAAGCCCAAGGCCUCGCUCCUCGAGGAGGCCGAGGACAGCGAGGACGACGAGGACGGCGACAAGGGCAAGUUGUCGACGAAGAAGCGCAGAAUCACCUCGCGGAUGUCCGUGGCGGAGCUGAAGACGCUGGUCCGGCGGCCAGACGUGGUGGAGGUGUGGGACACUACGUCGGCCGACCCGCGGCUCCUCGUUUACCUCAAGGCGUACAGGAAUACCGUCACCGUCCCGAGGCAUUGGAGCAGCAAGCGGAAGUACAUGGCCGGGAAGCGCGGCGUCGAGAAGCCGCCGUUCAAGCUGCCGGAAUUCAUCGAGGCCACGGGCAUCGCCAAGAUCCGCCAGGCGAUCAUGGACAAACACAAGGAGCAGAGCCUGAAGCAGAAGAACCGUGACAAGGUGCACCCGAAGAUGGGAAAGCUCGACAUUGACUACCAGGUGCUCCACGACGCGUUCUUCAAAUUCGCAACGAAGCCGAAGCUGACAAAGCACAACGAGUUGUACUGGGAGGGUAAGGAGUACGAGACCAAGAUGAUGACCAAAAGACCCGGUCAGCUGAGUGCUGCACUGAAGUUUGCGCUCGGCAUGGCGGAUGAUGCUCCGCCCCCUUGGCUCAUCAAUAUGCAGAGGUACGGGCCUCCGCCAGCGUACCCGAACUUGAAGAUCCCGGGGUUGAACGCGCCGAUCCCUCAGGGAGCCGAGUACGGCUACCACGCCGGCGGCUGGGGCAAGCCUCCAGUAGACGAGUUUGGCAACCCCCUGUACGGCGAUUGGCGGCAGCAGGACGCUGCCAAGGAGACGGCCGCGGCGGACGAGACCACCCUGUGGGGGGAGGUGGACGACUUUGACGAGGACGACGAGGACGACGAGGCCGACGGCGCCGAGGGCGGCAAGGACGGGUCGGCCACGCCGAUGCUGGGCACGGCCACGCCCCUCGUGGGCUCGGGCAGCGCGACGCCCGUGGUGUCCAUGGAGGGCGGCGUCAAGAGCAUCAGCGGCGUCUCCUCCAUCACCAGCGGCAUGGACACCCCGGGCACGGGGAGCAGGGGCAAGCGGGGUGGCAUCGCGUCCGUCAGCGGCGUGAGCUCUGCCUCCCUGACGCCCACGCCGCAGCUGUUCCAGGUGCUCGAGGAGCAGAAGGCGCGCUCCUCGAAGGGCGUCUACCCCUCCGCGCACACCUACAAGAUGAAGGGCGGAGGCACCUCCACCCCCAUCGCUGGCGUGGGCAGCUCGGGCACCGGCACGCCCCUGGCGGGCAUAGGCACCCCCAUCGGCGGCAUCGGCACCCCGCACGGCAUCUCCACCCCGCACGGCAUCGGCACCCCGGGCGUCGGGACCGGCACGCCUGGCGUGGGGACGCGGACGCCGCACGGCAUCGGCACGGGCACGCCAGUCGGUUUUGGUUCCCACGGCGUCGGGACGGGCACUCCCCACGGCAUCGGCACAGGAACCCCCCACGGCAUCGGCACCCACACGCCGGGCAUCGGGACGCCCAUUGGGGGCAUCGGCACCCCGAUCGGCGGCAUCGCCACCCCCGUGGGCGGCAUCGCCACGCCCGUCGGCGGCAUCGCCACGCCCAUCGGGGGGAUCGCCACCCCCGUCGGAGGCAUUGCCACUCCGGUGGGCGGCAUCGCGACGCCCGUGGGCGGCAUCGCCACUCCGGUGGGCGGCAUUGCGACGCCAGUGGGUGGGGUCGCCACGCCCACAGGCCUCCCCGGGGGCCUCGCGCCGACCCCCGUGGGCGGCGCCGACACGCCUGGGCCAGUCACGAUGUCGCUGAACCCGGGGGACGUCGAGACGGAGGGUAUCCUGACCGCAGACAUCAUCCGGCAGCAGCUGAAGCAGCACGAGGAGGCUGCCGCGAAGGCCAAGCUCGCCGCUGGGCAGAAGGACGUCGAACCCAGGAAGGGACCUGCCAAGGAGAAGAAGCGCAAGGACAAGACCAAAUUCAAGUUCUGAGGGAUCGGCGAGGUGGAAAUGUCUCCUGACGCAUACAGUCAUGAUUCAGUGGCGUAUGUCCUGGAGGGAGCUCUUGUCAUGAACCUAGUAGUGCAGGUGCGAACCUGCCGUUGGUUCGAUAAAACCA